UUGUGGGACUUCACUUAUUAGUACUUCACAAGGGAAACUUUCACUGGAGUCCUUUGGAUAGGAUUACUGUGCUGGAACAGCUUACAGUGCCUCAGAAAUCAACCCUUUUCAAUGGAUCUUAGCUUUUAAUAGCAGGCCAACAGCCCACGCUCCCAAGUCAGGUUUACAUUUGGUAGAGAGAAAUUCCUAUGGACACUCAAGCGAAAAGUCCUGUCAUGUCUGUGGUGGACAUGUACAUGUUCAUACACCUGCAGUGACACAGUAAACAACUGCAGGGAUGACUCUGGAAGUGCUUGCCAACUGGAAUCUGGAAGAGUUCCCAUUUUGACCUGGAGAAUACAGAAUCACUUUGUCAAUGACCCACUUUCUGAACCAGCUAAACUUUUGUCAUAAGCUGAGAUUUUGCAGACUUUGAUGAUUCUGGUUCUGCAAACAAGAUGCUGAAAACUUUCUCCAAGAGCCUCCAUGGCAUCUUGUCACCCCGCGAAAACAAGAAGUCAGUCCAUAAGGGUAAGUCCGAGCCCAAUGGGAUGUCAUCACUAGAACGCCAAGCCUCUUACUCAGAUGGAGGGAAUGGAGACCAACCGAGGGCUCGCUAUCAGCACCAGUAUGAGCAGCGCCCUCUCUACUUUGAUAAUCCCAAGACAAAGCGCAGCCACUCUGCUGGUCGCCACUCAGAGCAGUCUGAGCAUCACAGGGAUGACUACUUCCGCAGGGACGACCACAUCCAGUCUCGCUUGGACAGAGAAUUUAGAGGGGCGGAACACGAUUGGAGCGAAAAAUCCAACCGAAGUGGGAGGUCACAGGAGUACAACCCACCUUACCCAAGGCAUACCCAAGUCCUGUCUUCGCAAAAUACCGAGCAGCACCAAAGACCUACUUUUGAGAGGUCCACCUCAUCUACCGGUACUUCCAGCUCUGGUCAGUAUCUGCCUGGUCCUCCUAAACCACCCCGCCGCCAGCAGUCCCUGAACCGCAUCCACAUCCCAUCAGGUCCUGAUCAUGACGAGGAGCCCAGGUCACCCAGUGACAGUGAGUUCUUCUCCACGUCUCCAGAAUCAGGAAGCCCCAAGCACUGGCAAACCAGCCCCUUGAUUGAGCCUCAGCGGGGAUUUGCCAUUGUGGGGGUUCCUGGUGUAUCACGUGAUCUGAAACCUAAUCAGCAGCUACCGCCAAGGAUGGCCCGAAAUCGCAACCGGUCUCAAGAAAAAAUACCCACUGACCAUGAGUAUCCCCAGAGAAGAGAAAGGACCAGGUCACCAGCUUUGUCUUCUCAACCAAGGCAGCCUAACAUUACGAGGCAAAGCUCUGUGCCAGUAUCCCACAGCCAACCACAGAAUCUGCCAAGAAAGCAGUACGUCCAGCGAGCGGCAUCCCUCGGAAGGAGAUCUGACAGCCACACACUGCGUGACACUGAGUCCUAUCCUUCCCACAGACGCCCAACUAAAGCUUCACCGGACCCCCGUCCUAAGAUGACAGGCACCCACCCGAGGGGUAGGUUGGUCAGUGAACGUAAAUCUGGCCAUUCUGUGAGAAAGCCUGAGCAAGAUUGGAGAAGUCAAUCAAUGAAUGACCCUGAGAAAGUUCAACGACGGAAGAUCAGCUCCCCAGAGCAGAGUUCUUACAUGGAUUCUAGACAGACAGAAAGACGUGGCUCAGCCCCGCUCAUCAAUACAGAAACAUUUGUAGUUCAAGACAAGCAAACAGCUGUCUAUGCAUCACCUCAGUAUAAAGCCCAGCCAGCUGUUUCUGCCAGAAAAAGUGGACUAGGAGCUCUGCUCAUUGCUGACAAGGAUCAUGACAAAGUGACUGUGGACAGUGUUUCAUGGGUGCAACAGACCAGUAAUGAUUAUUCCUCCAAGCCAGGCUACAUCAGUGACAGCGGAAUAAGCUCCCUACGUGAGGUCCCUUCUGAACCCAAGGCUAAGCCCUCUGGCCCUUUGAAACAAGGACAUCCAUCUUCCAGUUGGGAAUGGGAUUACUCAGUAAAACCUGACGUGGCCUUUCGUGAAGACACUGCACAGUACCAGCUUUAUGGAGAUGGUCCGCUUGAAUAUCCCUCCCAUGGAAGCAACAAAGAAAAGAGAGCCCAGCUCCCCAAACCAUCAUCAUUCGAGCAACAGUCAUCGGCAAAUUAUCCUGGCUGGCAGAAUUCUGUAUCUCCUCCAUACAAGUCGUAUUCUUUGGACCGAAAGUAUGUGGAGCAGCCUAUAAGGCGUCAUCCCCGAAAGGAAGUGAUUCGCUCAUCGCCUCCAGAUAGUCCUGAUCCUAAUUGGAGGAGUGAUGUUGGUCAUGACAUCAGUUCACAACAUUCUUUGUUGACACAGCAGUCCAACCAAUACAGUUCACGGCAGCAGGAUUCUCUACCAGACAGAGCAUUUACUAAGAAUGCAGUUGAGUCAAUUGAACAAACUUGGGUGCAGUACCAACAGGAUGAAAUAAAUCAUCCUGAGGUGUAUACUACCAAGGUUAGCCAUUAUGACCAGCCAAAGAGGCACUACUCAGCAGGUCAUGUUUCUCCUGCAGGUUCUCCUAAUUACAGCUCCAAAAAUGGACAGUUUGUCAAAGCCUAUCCAAACAGGUACACCACAGAGAUGGUUCACACUGACAGUGAACCAGCCAUUGACGGUGGGGAAGCCUACUGGGGGAUGGAAUCCAGGAAGCCACCACAAAGAUUUUCCUACCAUCAGAGUUCUCUCGACAAUGUACCAAGCUACCGUAGCUCACCGAAUUCUGAAAAUUCAACUGUGGGUCUCAGGAAUAAGAGUCCAGUUUAUUAUGAAAGAAGUUAUGAUCAGAGGGUGUACUCCAGUCCACCAGCUAUGGAGCUUCAUGAAGAUCGCAUUCAGAAGGAAGAUAAGAGCACUUCUCAGUACGCGCCACCUGUAGAGAGGCAGUCCCGUUAUGACAGACUGAAGCAGCAUGCCGGGACCCAGAAGCACGCUCGGAGUGCUGGGGGGGACCAUGACAGUCAACGCAGGAGCAAAAGCCUGACAAGGCUCAGCAACUCCGACAAGAUCCCUAGCAGCACUGAAUUGGCUCAGAAAUCCUUGCAGAGCAAGUCCACAGAUGAUCUGGAAGAGCUGAAAAAGAAAGGUGUGUCCCGCGGAGCUGCUCUGUUCAUUAGAAUGAUGCAGCAAGCCAGCAUGGAGGAGGAUGACUAUGAUUUGAGCAUCGUUGAGCCAGUGGCCAUUGACAGCUAUGUUGGAACCCCCAGGUUGUUCCAACCACAAAUCACCAAGACGGGGGAACCGAUACUGGAGUCCAGCAGACUUGUGACAUCACCAGAUUCUGAUUCCAAAGCCUCUGCUGAUAGUGAUGCCAGACUUAAAUCUCCUAUGUCAAAUGAAGAGCCUCUUCUCGCAGCAAAUGUUGUAAGCCCUGUGGCUAUGGCCUCUCCACCACCAAAAGCUGAAUCAUCAGAUGUUUCCCCAUUCAGCAACCAGGAAGUAUCAGCUGUUUGGUCAGAAAAACAGGACAAGCGCAAACAGGCUCAUGCUGUUGAUAAACUGUCAAGUUCUUCAAGCUCACCAACGAAACUCGACUCUGAUGCAGAGCCCUUCAAAAAAGUCCGUCUUGGAAAACAGGAGGUGCCCAUUGAAUGGUUGGUGAAACAACAAAAUCUCAAACCCACCCCUGGUAGUGAGAAACGUCUAGGCUCACCAACAAAAUUAAAGACUUCAGACUUUGAGUUCAUGCCACUAACAUUUCAGUAUGGCAACCAGGAAAAGUAUGCUGAGAAUGCGACAAAAUUUGAUAACAGGAAACGCACCCCCAUCGUUGAAAAUCCCAAGAUAUUACCAACCUCAGGUCACGUUCCCAAUUCUGAGCCUGUACUACCGGUGUCUCAUCACAGUAGUCAGCAAGUACCUCCUCAUUUGUCAAAGAAACUGGAAGAGGAAAAUCAUUCUCCCAGCUUUGAGAAAUCCCCUGGCUCUCCUACCAAACUCAAGUCUCCUGACUUAGAGUCCGUGCUGACAGUUCGUCGAGGAAAACAGGAGGUGCCUGUGGAAUGGGUGGAAGUUCUGGAGCACCUGCGGGCCAAAACCCAAAGUCAGAGCAGUGGUCCACUCUCUCCUAAAGGCAGGCACGCAAAAGAUAAGACGGCCAGUGCUGACUUUGAGGAUGCCCUCUCUGAGCUAGAACACAUGUACUCUGUCCUGGAUGAAGAAGCUGAUGAUCUGAUAUUUGGUAAGAAUUACAGAUCCUUUGAUCAGAGGAUUGCAGAGCUUCCUCCUGCAUUGCAGAAGCGUCUUAAGGAUCUAAAGGAGUACGCAAUCUCCCAGCGUAACAAACGGCGAGCCCGUAGAGAGAGGGCCAAAUCUGAUCUGGCAUUGAAGACCAGAGUUCCUCCCAGCCGAACACCGACUGCAGGACAAAAGAAACAAGAGUUUCCUCCAUACCGGACAUCAGGCGGUGCAGGGAAACCCUCAAAAUCUGCUCCUGUGGAUGCACCUGUACCACUUAAAACCAGUGAUAAGCGUCAAUGGGCUCUUAACCACUCAAAUAGGAAAGAGGAGAGCAGCUCUGAUGAAGCAUCAACCCAGCCACGUUCCCCCUAUCAUCUGUACAGAAGACCAAAAUCAUCCAACAACCUAGGCUUCCAUUCUGACAGCAGCCCUGACCUUUUACGACGGCCUAAUAUUAAAUCUCCAUCCAGUUCAGAGAAGCCAGAAAAGAAGGCUAUCCUGCCCACCAGAAAGCACAAGAGUUACUUUGAAACAAUCACAGGGUUACCUCUUCCGGAAUACAAACCAGGUGCUAAGAGCAACACCACCAAACCCAGGAAACCAGCUCAGGAUGCUCUGAAUCACAACAUAGUGCAAGAAGUUGUCAAUAAGUCCAGUGUUGCUGAUGUCAAGGCCAGUCCUGCCAUGCUCGAGAAGCUGGAGACCGGCAGUCGGCUGAGUGUGGACUCAGUGUCCACAGUGGACAGUUUCCAGUUAUCUCAGCCAUUUGAGGACAUGUCCUCCGAAUACUACAGAAUGUCAAGUGACCACAAGAUUGAAAUGACCUCAGAUGGACACAUCAGUCCCAGCCAGCAGAGUUCAUCAAUGGAGUCUCUUGUGUUGAGUGUUGUGAGUCCCGGUGGUGGCCCUUCCAAGAGAGCAACAAAGCAGGCAAGAGAGGAUUCUACUGCUGGAGAGCAUAAAUAUGGUGAGAAGGAUGCAGCUAGCCGUGGUCCAGUUCCCUUGGCUACUUUUGAUGAAGAUCUAGACUUGCCGGUUCUUGUAGAUAUCCCAGACCAAAGUCUUAAUUCUGCCAUUGCACACACAAGGUAUCGGCACUCAUCACAAGAAUCCUACGAAGAAGAGAGAGAGUCCGAAGGCAUCUCAUCUGAUACCGGUUCGUCGGUCAAAUCAAGCACUCUGAGCAAGGGGAAACUCAGCAAAACAGUCCGUCCAGUUGCCAAACUCAGGAAAAGAUACAGCGCGCCGAAGCCAUCUAAAUGUGAAACAUCGGCAGAAAAAUUUUCCAGAUUUCUCGAGAAGCGCUACUCCUUCCACAGUACUGAUUCCGAGCCAGAGAUGUCUGGAAGAUCUCAGGUCAAGCGCAAUGAAAACUCCCAUGAUACCUCCACUGGGAGGGCCAGCAGUAGAUAUGGGCUGCACGCCACGGAAACAUCAUUGAGCGACGCUCCUAAAAGAGGGAGUGGGGAGCGGGGGUACGGGAGCAGGGCAAAAGAGGGCUCUGGCAUUGGGGAAUCUGUGCCGUCUCGCUACACAAGACCACCAAGACAUGACAAGGAAAAAGUGGACAGCAUCCGUGAUGAGUACUUGAGUGGGAAGGCUGCCAAUGGAGAGAUCACAAGAGUGCCGCGAUAUUCACGGGCUCGGGCUUCCACUGCCAUCGGGGAUAAAACGGUGGAGACUGGAAUCUCCCAGACUGUUGUAGACUCACUGACGCGUGCUCGGAGUAGCUCUGACUCUUCUGAGGACCCUGAAUCUAGAAGAGAACGCAUCGCCAAGUACAAAGAGCAGAGGAGAAAAGAACUUGCCAGUAAGUACGGUCUCAAAGAUGGCAGCACCACUGCUGCAAGCAGUGACAGUGACCCUUCCCUAGCGAGAUACAGGCGGGACCGGAAGACCAGGCCAGAAGAGACCAGGAUACCCAUCCACGACAGUUCGACGGAAAGAGGGGAUUCCAGGAGGAAAUCUUCCCACGACUCUUCUCUCCCGUCCAGCCCAAGAUCACCAAAGAGCAUUGAGGAGCCAGUGGUUACGAGAUCACCAGCACAUGAGCAAGAAUACCAGUCACCCAGCAGGGAUGCACCACAGGAUGCUGGGGUUGGACAGAGUCAACACUCAGACAGCGUCAGUUCAGCAUGUUCUGAAACAAGAGUACGAAAAGACUCAACCAUCUCUGCAGAAACACAGCAGCUGGUUGACACACUGGAAGCCUCACGGGCUGCACGUAGAGAGAGGAUGCGGAGGUCAGUGUCUGAUGUGUCAACAGAUGCAACAGAGAGGAUCAUAGCCAGACACCGAUCAAGGAAAGGAAGCACCACGAGUGAGGACGGAGACGUGUUCAUCAGUCCUGUCAAAACUAAAGACGAGAGGGCUGCCAGAACACCUGUCGGUGACUCUGAUUCACCAGGCUCAUCGCCGGUAGCUUCUGCAGAGAGACUGAGGUCAAAGAGCGAGCCGGUGGAUCCUGCAGUGCUGACAGCUGCACGUGCAUAUCGCCCUGCAGCACCUGAAGAAAGCAAGCCGACACCAGAGAGAGGGGUGAGCACAAAGCAGUCUCGCUCCCGGAGCCGGCGCCAGAAUGUCUACAUUACAGCCGCCCAGAUUAAAGAAGCCAGUGCCAUUGGGCAAAAAAUGGUGGAGCGGAAGCUGUCCCUCACCGGCAGCCCUCAGCCACCAACUUCUCCCUCCACUUCUGACUCCAGCGACACCGUCAGGAAGGAGCCAGUUAGUGCCACACCAGCAGUGUCUUCACCUCAAGAAGUCGACAAGCCUGAACCGAAAAAUGCCUCCCCUGCCACUGAGGCACAAGUAUCCAAGUCCCCGCCCAGAGUGGGCCCUGAUCCUUCGGAUGAUUCAGUUCGUGCAGAUACCAGUAAGCAAUACACUGUGGAUUCAGUGGGACCCACUACUAGACACAAAAAUGGCUCGGCCAUUGGGGACACAGCAGUUUCAAAACAUAUUUCAGAAAACUUUUCAAAAGUCAAAGAUGGAAAGGUAGUUUCGUCAAAAGCUCUUAAGUCACCCAGUCCUCGGGUCACUUCACCAGAAAAGUUGGAAUCUAAAAAAAGGACACAACAAGAAAGGAGAUCACCGGAGAAGAAAACCAACAGGUCCCCUGAGAAGACAUCUAAAGUAAUUCAGCGAACACAGUAUGUGUCUAGUAUGGACACUGAUGGGGGUUCAUCGAGUAAAGUGCACCUUAAACGUCCACAAAUCCCUCAAGUUCUGAAUGAGGGUAGAAAAAGACGGGACUCGAAUGGGAGCAGCUCAUCCUUGAGUGAAGGGACACUGUCUCCUACUCACCGACUUGCCAAAGCCAAAGGUUCGGACAGUGACUCCCGCACUUCCUCCCCGACCUUGUCGCCAGUCCACAAACCAAACCGAAAAAUCCCCGAGCCUUCAUCUCGGAUUCAAGAACUCGCCAAGCCAAGGAGAGUGGAAACAAAGAAGGAGACUACACCCAACGGUGGAGACUGCAAGAAACCUGAGAGAAGAACACCAACUUCCCCUGAGAAGAAAUUCAAAGCUAGGACAGAUAUUACUAUUCACUUAAGGUCAGAGAAUGGUGUUGUAGCAGAGAGAAAUAAAGGAAGGGACAGCCCUAAGCUAAAGGAACCGAAAGAGGUAAUUAUAAUGCCUAAAACUGCACAGAAGCCACCCAUGUCCAAAGAGAAAGUGCCUCCUCCAGUUAAAACCAAGGUUGGUGCUAAACAAACGCCUAAAGUUGAGGCUUCAAAGCAAGCUAAACCAGUCAAGGACACCCCCAAAGUCGCAAGCAAAAUGCAGGGUAAAAGUAGCUCAUCAGAAACAAAGGGCAAUGCUGUGAAACACCAAACUUCGUUCAAAAGCAGAAAGUCUCCAGAAACUUCCGAGCCAACUGACGUCAAGAAGGUUGCCCUGGCAACUAAGGAUAAUGAACUGAUGGCAGUGAUGAGGGCUCGUGCCCUGAGUCUGAAGGACAGUGAUGAAGAGGAGGAGUUACAAGGUAAGCAGGAGGAUGUUUCCAAAGAUCAGGACCAGAAACCGGAAGAUGUUAUCAAAGUGCCUGUCGCCCAACGACUGCAAGUCUUCAAGAGUGCAGAGAAAUUGGACGUAAAGCCACCGAUGCCUCCAACCUCGCCAGGGUCUCCCAAAUCACCUAAAUCACCAAGGAGAUCUUCGCAGAUCAAAGUGGAACCUGCAGAGGCAGAGUCCCAAAGUCCCACUAUGAGGCCGACUGAGAGAUCGAGUGAAGCAGAGACUGAAUCAGAUGAGUUGGCCAAAUUGACUGUUUCUGAAAAGAAGCAGAUGUUCACGCAGAUCUCCAAACAGAAAGAUGAAGAGGCAGAAAAGGCCAAGCCACGCAGGCGCUUUCACCGUGUACGCCACAGUGAGCGCUCCCAAACUCAGCCAGUCACCCCGGAGGAAUUUAGCUCAGCGACAACAUUAGCUAACUUAAGUGCCAGUGAUGGCACCUCUGCAGGGACAGAAGCCAAGGAGGCGGAAGUCGAUGAAGACGACGCAUCCCGAUUGAGUCUUGCCGAAAAGAUGAAACUGUUCCACAAGAAGGCUGAGAUAGACAGGCCCCCACCCAAGGUGGAAGCCCCAAAACGAAAGCGGCGCACAGACUCCAGGUUUAAGACCCAACCUGUGACAAGUGAUGAGGUGAAAAAGGCCACAGGGAUAUCCCCUCUUGUGCGCAGCUUCACAAGGCCUCCAGACGAGAUCACUGGCUUGCCUCUCUCAGAGCAAAUUGCUCUUGUGUACGGUUCAUCAGAGAGGCUAGAAAGAAGGACCUCUUUGAAAGAGGAGAUGCAUCCGGCAAGCGUUGGUUCAGAAGCAAGCUCUCUGGAGAAAAAGGGCAUUCUUAAAGAGCCAUCUUUUGAGAAGGCAGACUCCAGUUCUGACGAGCCCCCUAAAGGCAUUUUGAAGUCAGAUUCUGAAGUUAGCCAUGACAAGCCACAAAAGGGGCGUAGCAUACUGAAAUCCGAUGAUACGGCCACUGUGCAUUCAGACCCUGAAGUGAGGAGCAUUCUCAAGGACAGGGCUGAAUCUCAGAGUCGCGACAUAGAGGAGACAAAGAGCAUCCUUCGCCGUGAUUCCAGACAAGAGAAGGACGAUACGGACUCGGAUCGAGUUGAAAAAUCCAUCCUCAAGAAGGAUUCUACCUCUACCAAACCCCCAUUGCAGUGCAUCAUGAGGAAGAGCCCAGACACCAUUUCUGGUGGAGGACAGAUGGAUGCCGUGAAGCCCAAGGAGAGUCCGAGGAGAUCUGCGCUGAAGGACAAUUCUCAGGAUGCCGAUGUAGACAGUAUGUCUGCAAAGCCACCUUUGCCAAAGGAUAGUCAGAGAAGAUCCUCACUGAAGAAGCAGGAUUCUCAAGACACAGACCUGGAUAGUGAGUCUGCCAAGCCCUCUGUGCUGAAGGAUAGUCCAAGAAAAGCUGCACUGAAGAAGGGCGAUUCUCAAGAUGCCGACGUAGACAGUGGGACCGACGACCCAGUCAAGAGGAAAAGUGGAUUGGCCACUGAGCAGCUUCGCCUCCGGAAGGCAAAGACCAAUCUGAGAGCAGAAGGCUACUCCAGCUCUGACUCGGACACAGAGGUUCGAGCCAGGGCCAGAUCAACCCCUAUCCCGACAGUCACUCCCAGCCCACCGGCUGUGGAGAUCAGAACCGUCAAGAAAAAAGAGCUUCCACCAUUGGACAUCACUAAGAAACGAUCAAAAUCCCCGUCCGACAAGGGAGCUAAGAAUGUCCAGGAGCGUGUUCUGUCUCCGCGGCGACUGAAAUCCCCAGACCCAGGACGCUACAAAACACAGCCCGUCACCCCCGAGGAGAUGGCCAAGGUGCGGCAACUGACAGAGCCGGUCAAGACUUCAGGCUCUAUUGCUGAGAGAUUAUCAGCCUUGCAGAAGAGCGGACAAGAGGACUGGCAAAAGCGCAUCAACAAAUACAAUGACUCGCCACGCUCCAAUCUGAAAGAUUUCCUGAAAGUGCCCGGCAGUGAAAGCAGCAGACUGACGGAUGACGAUCCUGAUCUGGCUUCCUGCAGCAUCUCCAAGAGAAUGGAGCUGAUUCAGAACAGCCAGACCUCCUGGAAGAAGCGAGUGGAGGAGAAAGAUGUCACCCAGUUCACCGUCUCGGGCAAGAUGUCCAAAGCCGGCAAGGAGGUGGUGGAGACAUCACCCCAGCUGAAAAGGGCCGGCAGUGCUCGGGUGAAGAGAGGGGGCUCGUUUAGAGGUCGUGUGACACUCGGUGAUAAAAAGGAGGCUGACGGUAAGGGCACUGAGACAAAGGAACCACAGGAUAAGGAGAAAAAUGGGAGUGAUGGGAACGAGGAUAGAAGCGAAAGCACAAGUAGUAAAACCAUUAGUGUCUCAGGGAAACAGCCAGAAGGCCAGAGCUCGUCCACCAACGCCACAACCACCGAAUCUGAGUCGGAGUCUGGCUUUCGCAUCGUCAAGAAGAAAAUUGCCAUCAUGAAGCCAGACGACAAGACCUUUGCUGAGUUCUUCAGCAGCAGUUCCACCAUUGUCACCGAGACGGCCAUGGUGCCGAAGGAUCGCAAGGCCUCCCUGGACGAUGUGGCACUGUCAGAUUUUGAUGCCUUGUCAGAAGUCCCACUGCCCAAGCUUACAGCAAUGUCACGGAAUCGCAUGUCACUGAGACCCAAGAGGCGGGCCCACGGUGCCAAGAACCCCAUCCGAGCUCUGAAGACGCGCAGCAACAUCGUCACAGAGUAUGAGGAGGUGAAGAAGGAAGUCAUAGAGACCCAGACGGUUGACAGGACAGCUGUGAUGAGAUCCAGACGGGUGGAAUUGUCGUCUCAGUCCAGGCUACACCAGUCAGCACGGAAGGGACUGGCCAGUAAGGAGGACAUCAGCAAGGGUCUACAGAAGCUACAGAAGGUCAAAGAUGUCAGGGAGAUGGAGGGCAAACUCUCUCGACUCUUGCCCUAUAAGGACCUCAUGCUGCUCCACAUCAAAGGCAGACGUUUUGUUCAAGUGCGAUUAAUCGAACCCUCAGCUGAAAUGCUGAAUACCGGUGAUUGCUUUGUGCUGGUCACACCCAAAGAGUGUUUCCUAUGGAUCGGGGAGUAUUCCAAUGUCAUUGAGAGGUCAAAGGCAUCAGAAAUUGCCCAGUUCAUUCAGACAACAAGAGACCUUGGUUGCAAGGCACCCUCAGUUGUCACCAUUGAAGAGUCCAAAGGCAGGCCCCUGGGAUCUAGUAGAGACUGGAAGCGAUUCAUUGAGAUACUUGGAGGAAAGGAUGAUAUCAAAGAUAUCGCCCGUGCCGAUGAGGACGAGCUGCAUGAAAUCUAUAUCACGGAGACCAACAUGGUUUACAAGGUGGAAGGGGAGUCACUGGUACCCUGUGAUGAUUACUGGGGGUCGCCGCCUAAAUUCUCCAUGCUCAACACUAAUGAGAUCUAUGUGUUUGAUUUUGGUUCUGAGCUGUACAUAUGGCAAGGGAAGCAGACAUCCAGCAAGGAGCGUCAAACUGCUGCCAAGCUGGCCGAGAUUGUCUGGCAGCGGGGCUAUGACUAUCGAGAGUUUGACAUCAACCCGCUGUGGCCUGGACACUCACAGAAGCCUAUGCAUAGCGAGGACCGACCAGAGUGGGCGCUGUUUGGAAAGACUACAGAACACAUGGAGACGGUGCUGUUCCAAAACAAGUUCAUCGAUUGGCCGAGUGAAACCAGGAUAAUCAAAGUUAAAACCAACGAAGAGGAACAGAAGCCUGAAGCAGCUCCAGAGUUGGUUCCAUAUGAUGCUGCCAAGAUGAUACACCCCAGCAAGGAAUCCAACCAUCUGAUACUGGAAAACACCAACCUUGGCAGAGGGAAAGGUUCAAGUUCAUCCAAGGCCGCAACAGGCACAGCACACUUUGAGAAGAUUGACCAGCGCGGCAAUGAAAUCACCACCUUGUCGGUGGUCGUGUGGCACGUUCUUGAAUAUGAGCACAGUAUUCUGCCCCAGGAAAGCUUUGGUCAGUUUCAUGAGGGCGACACAUAUGUGGUACGCUGGCAGUACAGGGUCGAGAGCACAGGAAUGCGAGACCUGAAGGGCAACAUCUCCAGGCGGGGCCAAGGCCACGGGCGGGAGCGAUGUGCCUACUUUUUCUGGCAGGGACUGGGUAGCACCAUCAAUGAGAAGGGGGCCUCAGCACUCAUGACUGUUGAGCUGGAUGAGGAGAGAGGACCUCAGAGACAGGUAAUUCAAGGCAAAGAGCCUCCAGCCUUCCUGCAGCUCUUUGACGGCAGAAUGGUGGUACACAUCGGCAAGAGGGAAGACGAAGAAACUAACACCACCGGCCCCAACAGGUUGUACUGUGUCCGCAGCGAACACACCGAGGAAGGACUGCUGGCAGAGACACAAUGCAAAGCCAGUCAGCUACGCUCCCGAACCUCCUAUGUGCUGCUGAACCUCAAGGACAGCAUUAACAAAGCGGCGAUAUGCGUCUGGCACGGAGCCAAGUCCCCUAAGGCUACAAGAGCUGUGGCAGUGCACGCCGCCAACAUGCUGAAGACAAAUAAACCUUUGGAGAUGGGACUGACGAGUGAUUGGGAAGUUAGCAUUGAGGAGAUGGAGGAAGGACACGAGACGGGCACCUUCAAGAAGAUCCUUGGGGUGGACCGAAGUGCGUAUGAUAGUGCAAUAGGAGAUCCUCUGGUUUACAACUACACCCCAAGGCUGUUUCAUCUGACCAGCAAGUCUGGCGUGUUUGUUGCCACUGAAAUCUUGAAUCAGUCUCGCUCGGAGGAGGCAUUCACUCCCUAUCCAUUCCUGCAGACAGACCUGUAUGGAGCAUCUCAACCAGCCCAGUUUCUCUUUGACAACCACUACGAGGUGUACCUGUGGCAAGGCUGGUGGCCCGAGGACCAAGACAAAAAGACAGGGUCUGCCAAGAUGAGAUGGGACAUAGACAGGAGAUGUGCAAUGGAAACAGUCAUGGCAUACUGCAAAGAAAAAGGGAGGAAGAGCCCACCCAAGGCGUACUUAGUCUAUGCAGGCUUAGAGCCCUUGACCUUCAUCAAUUUGUUCCCAUGGUGGACAAUUGAUGAGGAUGUAGCUGAAAUUAACAAAAAGGAUGGGAAAAGUGGUGAUCGGGCCAUUCUUGUCAGCGAGGUCUUGGAGAAAUUGACCAAAGCCCAGUACACGUUUGCCGAACUUCAGAAGAGGCCACUGCCCGACGGGGUGGAUCCCCUCAAGCUGGAAACGUACCUUUCGCUUGAAGAAUUCAAGGAGAAACUUAACAUGGACAAGGAGGAUUUCUACAAGAUGCCAUCGUGGAAACAACUCAAAAUCAAGAAGGAAGUUGGUUUGUUUUAACAACGGACAUCUCCCCACGUCGGGGAAGUCAUAAAGCUGUACAAAGACUAAACGGCGGACUAAAGACUUCUUGCAGUUCCUCAAGAAUUAAUUCUGUGGUAUUCCGUCUGACUGGAAUGAUGAUGCUGGAUGGAGGUGGCUGGUAAUGCCAAGAAUUUCCAGGAGGAGACAGCUGCGGCAGAGGGUCAUCAUCGUGGGUUUGAAUAUCUGGAGUGGACAGAGAGCACCUUGAGAUGCGCUCGCAAUGGGUGUCUCUACAUGCGUACCGAGUUUCAAAAAGUGGGUAUCUCAGCCUGUGUGAUGGUCUGAACAUGCCGGGCCCUUUUAGGGUCAAGAGACUUUGAGUCCGUUUGGGUGUUCAGCCGGUGAAAGUGAUCUCAGUUGUUGAGACCGUUGCAUUAGAAAACCUGACAUAAUGCUUAGUUUACAUGUGUGCUUUCCCAUUGAAAGCACACAUGUAAACAAAGUCUGACGUUAUUAUGUUAUUGGCCUAUUGUGUGACUCUUAAGACAUUUCCACAUUAACAAACCCAGAUUUUCCAGUCAUGUUGUAGUUUUCGAUUUGCAAUGAAUUUUACUUUGCACGUAAAGGUUAUUUACGCCGCCUUGGUCCAGUUGCUUUGAGAGCAAUGUUAAAGGACAAUUACUUGGAUUGUUAACAGCUCCCUUUGAAAGUUGAAAUUGUGUGAUUGUCAAGGUUGAAAAAAUUUCUUUUGUUAUUGUAUUUAUUGUUGAAUGUGAUAUGAGAGGUAUCAUUUUGGUAAUCGUUUGUUUCCUACGGUAAUGGAAAAAACUAGAAAUGGAAACUUCCCCUCGACAUGAACUCUUCAGAGACAUGUCCGCCACCAUCUUUCAUCAAGGAAACGACCAGAGCUUCAUCCUUGAUCCUCACUUCCUGUAAGCUUGAUCUGAAAUUAUCGAUUUGUCUUUAUGUCAGAAGUACUGCCUGCAAUCACUCCAGAAAAAAGUGCUUUAUAGUGUACAUAUAUCCCCGAGUUUGGUAGGGAUUGUGGAAAUGUACGUGCAGCUGUGGACAUCAGUGUACAUGUGCUUCACAGCAGUGAGGAUCCUUACCACAUUUAGUGACUCUACUCGUGUAACCCUUGACACGAAACAAAGUGUGUACAUACUAUGUAAAAAAAACCAACAAAGAAGGAAAGUAAUAUUUGAGAGUGUCUUUAUUAUUCCGUUCUUGUCGUUUUCUGUAAGAGGCAGGAUGAGAAAGAGUGAGACUGAACGGACAUGAGUGGAUUGUGUUGAGAAUGUAAAAAGGACUGUGUAAUUUCUAUGAAGUACUGGCCUAAUAAACAAUAAGUGUGGUUUAACUUUCUUAUAGACGUAGUGACUUAGUAAUGCAUAAUUUUAGCAGUUCUCCAGUUUUUAACCAGUGCAAUGUAGAGUACAGAUAGCCUAUUUAUUAAUGCAUGAUGCACUGAUGAACAAGCCGUGCGUGACCUGUUUAUGAAUUCGGUAUUCCCUGUCUCUUUUUGGCUCAGAAUAAUCAGGAAGAUGGGGUGUCAGUUCAAGAGAUUCUGUUUCCAGUUUUGCAACUGUUGUACCGGUAUUUCAGUGUUACAAGUGGGUGACAUGGAUGAAUAAGGGAAUGUUGAAUCGCGCCGUAGGUAAAAGUCUCAAGUGCCAACAAGAAUGAUUACUUAAGCUAAUGUGGAGAAUUGAAAAGUCAUCGAGUUAGUCUGUUUAGCUUUUCUUUGACAAAAAUGAGAACACUCACGACAAAUUUCCAAGACUGAUUUUUGUAAUCUCCACCUGCAAGAAUGCCCAAUAUUUGAUAUGAGAUAAAAAUCAUUGAUGUAAUCAUGAACAUCUGAGAUCUUCAAUUGACUUUCCCAAACUUACUUUUGUUAAAUCUCAUCAUCUUUUCAUCCGAACAGAAACUCAGAAUGUUAGAAUUGUUUAAUUCGAGGCACAGUAUUGCUAUUUUUGCCAAAUCGUGUUAGCUCUGACUGUUUUGAAAUGCAACAAAUUUGCUGUGUUCUUGGUAAUUUGCCUUCGCAGUUCCCCAACUAAAGGAAAAAGUAGCCAGUGGCUUCUGUAGAAUGCGCACAUCCCCAAAAGCUCUUGCUGUGGGGCUACUUAGACCUCUUUUUAAUGUUAUCAGUUCAAACCUCACCCAGAUCAGUUGGAAUUAAAGUAGAUUUUAUAGAUGGUGUAACUUUAUGAUGUGUGUUCUCAGUGUAAAUCUUCAUGAAACUGCCUAUUUUAUGUGUUUUGUAAAUUCCAGACUUGUGACUGCAAGUCGUGUAUGAGUUACUACUGAUAAUAUUGAGAACUAAUUUCUGGUAAAUUGUGUGAUUUAUCUUUGUAAGUUAUUAUGAUACAAAUUAAGGCUAUGGUAAUGUUUAAAACAUUUUGAUAUUUGAAUCAAAGUUCCAAUUUUUUUAGUGCUUAGGACACUUGUUGAAAUCAGUAACAAUAAUUGGAAAAAUUACAUUUUACUUUCAGGCAUAUGAUACUUACACCUGGAAAUUUCGAUCAAUUAAAAAGCUAAUCAGCUUUUCUCUUCAAAAAUGGAAUUCAGAAAUUAUGUUUAAUGCGUUGUCCUCUACAGCAAAGCGAAAAUAACCUUGGGUGUUAAAGGAAUGAUGGAGACCCUGUUCUGAAACAGUAAAUGAAGUAUCAGAUUUAGUGUGACAAGGGACAUGUGAUGAGGCUAAUGUGACAAUCUGAACUCAGAGGCCAAAGUUCACUUGCUACCACGGUGGUUCGUUUUUAUUUGUAAAUUAUUACCUUCAUUAAAAUAACUCCGAAUGUUAUCUGC